AUGCGUCACUCUCUGAAAGUGUUUUUGGUUUUUACUCUACUCUUCUCCAGUGUAGUGUUGGCCAAAAAACACAAGGAAGAAUCUUCCGACGAAAAAGAAGAAGAAGGCAAAAAGUACAAUGAGGAAGAACAUAAAGAAAAGAAACACAAACACGAAAAGGGUCACAAAGAGCACGGAGAAUGGGAUGAAGAUGAUAAAAAGCAUGAUGAGGAGGAGGAUCAUAAACAUCAUGAUGAAAGUAAAGGUGGCAAAAAGAAAGCAGACGAGAAUGAAGAAGAAAAAUAUGGCGAAGAGCAUGAACAUGGCAAGCAUGUAAAGGGUGGCAAAGAUCAUCACAAGAAGAAAUACAAAAAUGGCCACAAGGAAUUGAAGCAUCAUAAGAAAUUCCAUAAAGAUGAAUAUGUCAAAGAAAAGAAAUUCUACGAUGACGAAGAUAAAGGUGGACAUCAUAAGAAAUAUGGCAAGGAACAUAAUCAUCAUGAUAAAGAAGAGGGUGAACACAAUAAGAAGGAGGAACAUGAGGCGGGUAAGAAGAAAAAACACAAGAAACACGAGAGUCACUACAAAAAGGGUCAUCAAGAUGAGGAUCAUAAGAACUAUAAAAAGGGACAUGAACACAAGGAAAACGGAGAGGAACACAAGAAAUGGGGCAAUGAGGAGAAGAAAAAGAGCAACAAAAAGAAGGGUCAUAAAAAGGAAAGCCAAAAGAAAGAUUAG